AUGAGCGCAGGCAAAGCAGGCAUCCCCCUCCUGCUCCCCCUGGCCCUGCUGCUGGCCGCUGCCUCCCAGCCCCCCGGGGGGGACCCCCCGAAGGAGCCGGGGGACGGGGAGGGUCCGCGCUGCCCCGGGCCCUGCGCCUGCAGCCUGGACGAUUACAGCGAGGAGCUGAACGUGUUCUGCAGCGGCCGCAACCUGAGCCGCCUGCCCGAGGACGUGCCCCACAACGCCAAAGCCCUGUGGCUGGACGGCAACAACUUCACGCUGCUGCCGGCCGCCGCCUUCAGGAAUUUAUCAGCCCUGGACUUCCUGGACCUGCAGAGCAGCCAGCUGGGCUCCGUGGAGCAGCACGCCUUCCACGGGCUGCGCAGCCUCUACCACCUGCACCUGGAGCGCAACCGCCUCAAGCACCUGGCCCCGCACACCUUCCUGCACACCCAGAACCUCGUGUCCCUCAGCCUCAACAACAACCACUUCAGCAAGGUGGAGGAAGGGCUGUUUGCCGGGCUCUCCAACCUCUGGUACCUGAACCUGGGCUGGAACUCGCUGGUGGUGCUGCCUGACAAGGUGUUCCAUGACCUGCCCAACCUGAGGGAGCUGAUCCUGGCUGGGAACAAGCUGCCCUACCUCCAGCACCAGCUCUUCUGCAGCCUCACCGAGCUGAAGGAGCUGGACCUGAGCGGGAACGCGCUCAAGGGCAUCAAGAUCAACAUCUUUGUCAAGCUGCAGAAGCUGCAGAAGCUGUACCUGAACCACAACCAGAUCAACGCCAUCGCGCCCCGCGCCUUCGUGGGCAUGAAGUCCCUGCGGUGGCUGGACCUGUCCCACAACCGCCUGGUCUCGCUCUACGAGGACACCUUCCUGGGCCUCCUGAGCCUGCACGUGCUGCGCUUGUCCACCAACUCCAUCGCCAGCCUGAGGCCCAGGACGUUCAAGGACCUGCAGUUCCUGGAGGAGCUGCAGCUGGGGCACAACCGCAUCCGGAGCCUGGCGGAAAGGACCUUCGAGGGGCUGGGCCAGCUGGAGGUGCUCAGCCUCAACAACAACCAGCUGCAGGACAUCAGGGCCGGGGCCUUCCUGGGGCUGCACAACGUGGCCGUGAUGCACUUGUCUGCCAACUGCAUCAAGGUCCUGCCUGACUUUGUGUUCAAGGGGGUCAGCAAGCUGCACAGCCUCCACCUGGAGCACAGCUGCGUGGGCAGGAUCCGGGCCGGCACCUUCUCCGGGCUCUCCAGCCUGCGGCGGCUCUUCCUGCAGCACAACAGCAUCUCUGUCAUCGAGGACCAGAGCUUCAGCGAACUGCACGAGCUCCUGGAGCUCGACCUGAAGCACAACAGGCUGAGCCACCUCUCGCCCCGCCUCUUCGUGGGGCUGAGCAACCUGGAGUACCUCUUCCUCUCCUCCAACCAGCUCCUGGAGGUGUCCCAGGACACUUUCAGCCCCCUCCAGAGACUCUUCUGGCUCGACCUCUCCCACAACCAGCUGGAGACACUGGACAACAGCGUCAUCUCCCCCCUGGCCAACCUGCGGUACCUCAGCCUGAGGAAUAACUCCCUGGAGACCUUCUCGGUGGCAUUCCUGUGUCCCCCCUUCGCCCUGGAGCAGCUGUGGCUGGGGGGCAACAAUUGGCACUGCAACUGCUCUCUGAAGGGCCUGCGGGACUUCUCCCUGCAGCACCCCGCCGUGGUGCCGCGCUUCGUGCAGUCGGUGGCCGAGGGGGACGACACCCACGUCCCCAUCUACACCUACAACAACCUCACCUGCCGGCACCCCCCGGGCCUGGCGGGGCUGGACCUCCGUGACACUGCCCAGGAGAGCUUUGCCCACUGCUGAGCUGGGCUGGCCCUCCCAGGGACCUUCACUCGCCACCUCCCCGGCCCUGGCCCGGCCCCCCCGGGGCAGCAGCAGCAGCAGCUGGGGCUCCGUGGCCGCCCCAGCCCAGCACAGAUUUGCCACCACCUCCGGCAGCCGCCUUGCUCAGAAGAUGCUGGAUGGGCACCAGCGCCCCUGGGCUUCAAACUGAGUAUUUCAGUCCUUUAAUAUUUAAAUAGCAGCCCCCAGGGCAGAGCUCUCAGCAGGAGCAUCUCUGGAUGGGGGAAUGCCGCACCCCCAGCCCUGCAGUCACAGCAAGGGAAAGCCCUGCCCAGGCCGGGACUUUUAUGAGACAGAACGAAGUGUUUCCCUGCCGUGGAGCAGUGGAGAAAUCCUAAAACCCCCCCGAGCUUGGGGAAGGGGGCAGAGGACUUGCUGUAACGAUUCCUUGCAGCAGCAGGUGUAGGCAGGGCACAGAAAGCCACUCGUUGCUCACCUGAUAAAUGGCAGCAGACAAAUAA